GUUCGGCCGUGCUGGGUAGCUAAUUUGGGCCUUGUGUGCAAAUUUUGCUCAACGAUAGAAAUGCUAGACUCGCAUGUGUAGGAUUUUAAAAGUAUACAUACCUCACAGAAACAAUAAAAGUAUAUAUAUAUAUAUAUUUAUUAAAUAUGGUUCAUAAAAAUAAAUAUUUUUUAUAUUUACCUUUCAUAUACUAAGGGUACCACAACAAAACUUGGUUGAUGUAUAAAUAAAUCUACUUGGUUGAAGAAUGUUUGUUUGCAUGUUUUUUUCUUUUGUUGGACAAAUUUCCAUGGCCUAUAUAAAUAAUUUAAAUAAUGUUCAUAUGACUACUCAUUAUAUAUGAACAUUACAGUUUGUUGUUUUCCCCUAAUUUUGUGUUAGUACAAUUAUUUAAAUUAUUUAAUCAACAUAUUUUCCUAAUAAUGUCAAUUAUGUUUUUAUAGAGAAAAUAGUGUGUUAUUUUCACUACUAUUUUUUCAGAUAUUAUAUAUGAUUAUAUUAUGCAGUAGAAAACAUCAUUUAUAUUUCAUCAUAUAUAUUUCAUCGUAGAUACAAAGUGAUUGCUUCCGACAUAUGCACUGAUGUAACGAUGACAGACCGCACUGAAACACUACGAGAAGAUGUGCAUAUAGCUAACCUUCCUCUGUAUGUAUAUUAUACAUGAAAACACGAAAGGUCUAUUUUUAUAUUUUUGUUUUUUCGGAAUAUAGGAGACAUGGAUAUGGACUUUGGAGAUGCACGGAAAGAAUCCAUUGAGGGUUCAGAUGCGAUGUUGCUGAAAGGGGACGAAAAUUCACAACAUAAAAAUGUCGAAGAGGUUAUAUCUCAUAACAAACCAAAAAAGGAUGCUAAUUUACAUGUUAUCCCACAAGGUAUUUUUUAAUAUUACUAUCAAUCUUAUUUUUGUGAUAUUGCUUUUUGUAUUCAACUAAUUUUGCUCAGUUUGAUUGCUAAAUUGGCUCAUUUAUUUAUGAAUUCGACAGACUAUGUUUGUACCCCUAGGGAUAUUACAGUCAUCGAAUCAAUCAAGUCUGCCCCCAAGAAUACCCAGUUCGUGGACAUUGGAGAUGCCUUGUUAUCAACCGACGAUUUGGAAUGCCUUAUGAAAGAUGAUAUGUUCUUACGUGAUGGUGUAAGACCAAUUGCACAAACUUUAUAAUUAAUAAUAUAAACAAUAUUUAAUAUAAUAAAAUGUACAUAUAAUCUAAAUGUUGAUUACAGGUGAUAAAUGCUUACAUAUAUUGCAUGCUUGCUCAUGACCAUCUACAAGACAGGGCUGGUGAAAAGGUACACAUUGUUAGCACGUUUGUAUCUGGCCAGAUAAAAGAAGACGAGGAAAGAGACAUAGACCCAUCAAAAUAUCACCGCAUUGUGCAUCAUGUUAAUACUUAUCUACAGCAAGACAUGGUUAGUUUUUGUCUCGUUAUCCAUGCAUAUAAUUAUGGAUUGUUUUUUAAUUCAUAUGUAUAAUGAUUUAUUAAUAUUUAUAUCUAAUUGCGACCGUGACUUGUAUGAUAUUUACACCAGUUAUUCAUUCCGAUUAACAUGCCGGGCUACCAUUGGUAUCUAGCAGUCGCCAAUGCCAAAAAACGUGAGAUUCAAGUAUUGGACUCACUUGGUUCUCGGGUCAAACGCAAUGACCUUGCUACUACGGUAACUAUCUAUUAUUUUUAUUCAUCUUAACAUAUGUUUUUGUUUGCCUUGAUCCCUAAUAUUUCUUAUAUAUAAAAUAGUUACUAGGACUCGAGAAGUGUCUGAAACUUGUAGAGCAUAGACCGGAUUUUAUCAGAGGUCAUAAGUGGCCCGAUCUGAAUGUUACAAAAUGGACGGUUGUAGAGCAGUUUCAUGAGGCAAUACAAACCGAUGGGUAAGCACUUGUUACAAUGGUUUGUUUAUUUGAUCCAUCUGUGUGGUAUUCUAAAGCAUUAUUUUAUAAUAUUAUAGCGUAUCAUGUGGACUGUUUAUGCUAAAUUAUAUGGAAUACUGGACAUCACAUGCACUGUCAGACCAAUUCACCCAGGAGGAUAUGAAACAUUUUCGACAAAAAUUAGCUGUCAUUUUGCUCGAUUCAGAGCUGAAUAAGCUAAAAGGAGGUCCCAUAUACCAUCAACCUGACGAUCAAGAAAAUUUAGCUAAUUCUGAUCUCGAGAUACUGGACAAUCCAUCUGACGUAGUCAAAGACAAACGUCCUGCACCAAUCACUAUCAUACCCACGGACCAACGUGAAUUACUUGCCGGCCUCUGCAACUACGUCAUGUCGAUCGAUGAUGCCGGGUGUUUGGAGUAAGUAUCAUGUAUCAAUAUUUAAUGUGCGGAUGUAUAUUAUUGUUCUUCUUACCGUCCAAUUUUUAGGAAGGUAUGGGUCCGGAGCUCGACACCCGAGCCAAUGGGCUUAAGUCUUAAGAAACUUCAGUGCAUAAUUAACAUAGAGCAGCCCAUGGACAAUGAUUGCUUCAACACAGCCGUGCGUAUGCUGGCAUGUGACGAGGGAGUAUUGUUCACAGACCCUCCUGUGCACUACAUGGAUCUACGAUUUUGCGUAAGUUAUCGUAACUCUUCAUUCUAUGUGUCAUUAGCAUCAACAUGUUGAAGCAAUAUUUCUUUUUUUUUACUUAGUCCAUGAUGCUAGAGUCAACACGAGGUCAGAAGUUUUGCGAGAAGAAAACUAUCCAGACGUUGGCAACAUUAUUUGAUAGCUGGCCUGGGAUGGACAAUGACAUCUCAUCGUGCAACAAGAUUUAUCUUCCCUAUGCAUCCAUCGGCCGAUACAUCUUGUACGUCAUCGAGAAAGAGGCACGUCGUCUAUAUAUUCUGGAUCCUAUUCAAACAUCACAAUCGUUAGAGGAAAAAAAAUUGAGGCAUGCACUGAAAUUAAAAAGUUUUGCAAGGGAUUUCAAAGAAGCACUCGAAAUAAAGCUGCCUGGUUGGAAUUAUGAUAUAUCUAAAUGGCAACGUUUAUUUCCAUUCGGUGUUCCAACCAGUAUAGACGGGAAUGUGUCUGGCUAUUUUGUUUUUCAUUUUAUGCUCUGGUGGAAUGGUAAAGAAUUGGUCAAGCCGAUUUGCACGGAUGGGUAUGAAUUGAGGAAGCAGUUUUUAUUACACUUGCUAAAACAUCGUGGGAAUGAAGCUAAAGGAAACUUUCCUGAUAUUGUGAAAGAAUUACUUAAGCGCAUCAUCUAGAUAUUAAUAGUUUUGUAAUAGAUGUUUAGUUGGAACAUCGCUCGGUUUGUUACAUGGACAUGUCGUUAAUUUUUCUUCAUGUUAUCAAUUUACAUUGCAAAAAUGAACUUCAGUUAUUAAAUAAUUGUAUUUGUGUUUUA